AUGUUUUAUGUUAGAACAUGUCAAAAAUCAUCUGUUCGGAAGCAUGUAGUCCAACUGCUCCUGUCACUGGUCGACGUUGACGUGGAAGCCAAUGCAUCUUCCAACGAUAUAGAGGUUCAAUUGGAAAACCAUGCAGUGAAAACAUUUCAGCAGGUCCACGUUCUGUCCAAUGACACCGCAGGGGGUGCACAAAAUGAGACAAGUCCAGUCACUCAUAAUGAUCAGAACGCCACGCUUAACGACGCCGGCAGCAACGCGACACUGGACGACGCCGUGAAUGCCACGCUUAACGACGCCGGCAGCAACGCGACGUUGGACGACGCCGUGAAUGCCACGCUUAACGACGCCGGCAGCAACGCGACGUUGGACGACGCCGUGAAUGCCACGCUUAACGACGCCGGCAGCAACGCGACGUUGGACGACGGCGUGAAUGCCACGCUUAACGACGGCGUGAAUGCCACGCUUAACGACGGCGUGAAUGCCACGCUUAACGACGGCGUGAAUGCCACGCUUAACGACGGCGUGAAUGCCACGCUUAACGACGGCGUGAAUGCCACGCUUAACGACGGCGUGAAUGCCACGCUUAACGACGGCGUGAAUGCCACGCUUAACGACGGCGUGAAUGCCACGCUUAACGACGGCGUGAAUGCCACGCUUAACGACGGCGUGAAUGCCACGCUUAACGACGGCGUGAAUGCCACGCUUAACGACGGCGUGAAUGCCACGCUUAACGACGGCGGCAGCAACGCGACGUUGGCCGACGGCGUGAAUGCCACGCUUAACGACGCCAGCAACCACGUGAACGCGACGCUGGAAGACGCCGGCCACCACAGCAAUGCGACUCUGGUGUCCCCACUGGAAGAUUCCGGCAACCACGUGAACACGACUCUUAAUGAUGCCAAUGAGCCAAGCAACCACACAUCCAGUGAAAAGGGGAGCAGAAGGCGAAGACGUGCUAUGCCCUUGGAAAGAACCCUUCGGUGACAAUGGAGGAGCUGACUGUCCAGAGACCCCAAAAGGUUUUUGGUGUACAGCAGUUCAUUUUGCAUAGGUACUGCCUACUUGUCUCUUAAAUAAAAUCUUAACU